UUACAACAACUCCCAUGUUAACUACCAGUUUUGCAUCAUAUAUGACAACUUUCAACCCAUUUACUAGUUUCGCAUCAGAUAAAACAACUCCCGAGCCAACUACCAUUUUAUCACCAGAUAUGACAACUCCCAACCCAACUACCAGUUUAUCACUAGAUACGUCAACUCCCAACCCAACUACCAGUUUAUCACCAGAUACGACAACUCCCAACCCAACUACCAGUUUAUCACCAGAUACGACAACUCCCAACCCAACUACCAGUUUAUCACCAGAUACGACAACCCCCAACCCAACUACCAGUUUAUCACCAGAUACGACAACCCCCAACCCAACUACCAGUUUAUCACCAGAUACGACAACCCCCAACCCAACUACCAGUUUAUCACCAGAUACGACAACUCCCAACCCAACUACCAGUUUAUCACCAGAUACGACAACUCCCAACCCAACUACCAGUUUAUCACCAGAUACGACAACCCCCAACCCAACUACCAGUUUAUCACCAGAUACGACAACCCCCAACCCAACUAACAGUUUAUCACCAGAUACGACAACUCCCAAUCCAACUACCAGUUUAUCACCAGAUACGACAACUCCCAAUCCAACUACCAGUUUAUCACCAGAUACGACAACUCCCAACCCAAUUACCAGUUUAUCACCAGAUACGACAACCCCCAACCCAACUACCAGUUUAUCACCAGAUACGACAACCCCCAACCCAACUACCAGUUUAUCACCAGAUACGACAACUCCCAAACCAACUACCAGUUUAUCACCAGAUACGACAACCCCCAACCCAACUACUUGUUUAUCACCAGAUACGACAACUCCCAAACCAACUACCAGUUUAUCACCAGAUACGACAACCCCCAACCCAACUACUUGUUUAUCACCAGAUACGACAACUCCCAACCCAACUACCAGUUUAUCACCAGAUACGACAACUCACAACCCAACUAACAGUUUAUCACCAGAUACGUCAACUCCCAACCCAACUACCAGUUUAUCACCAGAUACGUCAACUCCCAACCCAACUACCAGUUUAUCACCAGAUACGACAACUCCCAACCCAACUACCAGUUUAUCACCAGAUACGACAACUCCCAACCCAACUACCAGUUUAUCACCAGAUACGACAACCCCCAACCCAACUACCAGUUUAUCACCAGAUACGACAACCCCCAACCCAACUACCAGUUUAUCACCAGAUACGACAACCCCCAACCCAACUACCAGUUUAUCACCAGAUACGACAACCCCCAACCCAACUACCAGUUUAUCACCAGAUACGACAACUCCCAACCCAACUACCAGUUUAUCACCAGAUACGACAACCCCCAACCCAACUACCAGUUUAUCACCAGAUACGACAACCCCCAACCCAACUAACAGUUUAUCACCAGAUACGACAACUCCCAAUCCAACUACCAGUUUAUCACCAGAUACGACAACUCCCAAUCCAACUACCAGUUUAUCACCAGAUACGACAACUCCCAACCCAACUACCAGUUUAUCACCAGAUACGACAACUCCCAACCCAACUACCAGUUUAUCACCAGAUACGACAACUCCCAACCCAACUACCAGUUUAUCACCAGAUACGACAACUCCCAAUCCAACUACAAGUUUAUCACCAGAUACGUCAACUCCCAACCCAACUACCAGUUUCUCACCAGAUACGACAACUCCCAACCCAACUACCAGUUUAUCACCAGAUACGACAACUCCCAAACCAACUACCAGUUUAUCACCAGAUACGACAACCCCCAACCCAACUACCAGUUUAUCACCAGAUACGACAACCCCCAACCCAACUACCAGUUUAUCACCAGAUAUGACAACCCCCAACCCAACUACCAGUUUAUCACCAGAUACGACAACUCACAACCCAACUAACAGUUUAUCACCAGAUACGACAACUCACAACCCAACUAACAGCUAUGCACAAGAUGAAACAUCUUCAGAGCAAACUACCAAUUUAAUGCCAUAUACAGCAACUACAAACCCAACUACCAGCUUUGCAACAGAUACAACUACUCCUUUUAUCACCAGACACGACAACUCCCAAUCCAACUACCAGUUUAUCACCAGACACGACAACCCCCAACCCAACUACCAGUUUAUCACCAGAUACGACAACCCCCAACCCAACUACCAGUUUAUCACCAGAUACGACAACUCCCAACCCAACUACCAGUUUAUCACCAGAUACGACAACUCCCAACCCAACUACCAGUUUAUCGCCAGAUACGACAACUCCCAACCCAACUACUAG